UGGUGGUUUUGGUUUUAUGUAGACAAUGAUGUCGGCAAAUGAGGCAGUUUAAUUCCUUCCUUUUUGAUACGUAUGACGUUUAUUCCUUUUCUACCUAUUGCACUGACUAGAACUCCCAGAACUAUGUUGAAUUAAGAGUGGUGAAAGCAGAUAUCCUGCCAUGUUCCCGAUCUUAGGGGGUUCAUCCAUGAGCUCAGAUUUCCCACACUACAACUUCAGGAUGCCUAAUAUCGGGUUCCAGAAUCUGCCUCUCAACAUAUACAUUGUGGUUUUUGGCACUGCUAUAUUUGUCUUCAUCCUUAGUUUACUCUUCUGUUGCUACUUGAUUAGGCUAAGACAUCAAGCACACAAAGAAUUUUAUGCCUACAAACAGGUUAUAUUAAAAGAGAAAGUAAAAGAACUGAAUUUACAUGAGCUGUGUGCAGUGUGUCUGGAAGACUUCAAGCCUCGCGAUGAGCUGGGGAUCUGUCCGUGUAAACAUGCCUUCCACAGAAAGUGCCUUAUUAAGUGGCUGGAGGUUCGGAAAGUGUGCCCCCUGUGCAACAUGCCAGUUCUGCAGCUGGCCCAAUUGCACAGUAAGCAGGACCGUGGGCCCCCCCAGGGGCCCCUCCCCGGGGCGGAGAACAUUGUAUAGCUCACUGCAAGGAUGAGAUUGUUGGUGGAUGCAUCUGCAUGGAGCCAGGAAGAACACAAGAGCAGGCUCCAUCCUGGCUGCUCUCUGCCUCAGGCACCAGCUGCCACUUCCUUUGCCUCCUGAACUCUUGGGCCAGCCAAGCUGGGAAUUUUGGCAUCUGGGUCUUGUGACAACCAAAGCACCAACCCUACUCCCAUGCCAAGAAAAGAGAAGUGGAUGAGCCUGCAGGUUUGGUUCCAGAAACUUCCAUGAGCAUCUCUUGCUAACUCCAUUACACUAUCUCCCAGACACUUACCUCCAUUUCAAGGCAAAUCAUUAUCAAACAAAAGGGAAGAUAAACACAGAUGUCAGAGCAGGGGCUUGCGGGCAGGUUUCUGCAGCCAGAGCCCCUGUGGAUAGUUAAGCAGCCAUGCAAAUCUUCAUGCCUUUGUAGCCACAAACCCACCCAGUGGCCCUGAGCCAAGUGAGACCAGCAGUUCUGUCAGCUGCCAGUAGUUGAUGAGACAAUGCCCACAAGGCUUUUCAUUUAUUAGGCCAUCUUGGACCCCCAAGGGCUCUGGGUACAAAAGUAGCAGCAUCCCCACACUACUCCCCCACCUCCAGAUUUACAGCACUUGCUAUGGAGUCAUCUAAGCUGACAACAUUCAAUCCACUUGGAGAGGCUUGGUCAGGAGCUAUUUCCUCUUUUAUCCAUUUCCCCUCUUUUUAAAACACCAGUUAAACCCAUGAGGAGCCCCAGUAGGGGCUUGUCCUGAGCCCACAAUGUCCCUGUCACUCCCUUGUAGCUUCUGGCCUCAGCCCACUGGUGGGGUAGGAGGGGGAGGAGUUGCCAUGCACCCCUCCCUCCGGUGGCCCCAAGAAGCAUCUCUCUGAGAUAAGCCAGGCCCCACUGGCCCAGCUGGAUGAAGAGGAUGCUAACCCCUUUGCCUUUCUUCCUCUGUUGUUCUUUCCUCUCUUGCCGUUUCCACUUGGGGAAAAAAAGAAAGGCCUGUCAUUAACUUUUUAACAAUUUAUCCCAGAUAAGACCGCUACGUAAUUUUGAAGCCUGAAGUUGGUAACCCACUAGUUGUAAAUAGUUUCAGGAAGUUCCUGCAGGGCUGUCCGGCCAUUGUGUGUGCCUCAGUACUUGGACAUGAGAUAACUAACAAAGUGUCUUUAUAGGAGAGAAAUGCAUGCUGCUCUUUGGUUUCUUCUGUCCAACUUUUCUAGAAAUACUCAAGUCCAUUAGGAUCUAUGAACACUGUGUAAAUUAGCAGUGGGUGAGACAGAACAUUCUUCUCCCCGCCUGUUCUCCCCAUCCCUUGUCACAAGAGAGCUGCCAAACCACUUUGCUCCACCCUAGCUCCACCUGCAAGCGUGAGUAGAGAAGAACCUGUGUGACGUGGAGGCAGGAGGUGGAGAGGGGCUUUGCUGCCUUGUUCAUAGGAUGCCUCCAGGAAUCUUUUCUGGAACUCAGACUCUACCAUUUUAGAACAAAGAGAGAACUUGCCCUUGUCUUGGGUAUCUGGGGUCAGAUGAGAAAAUUUCCCACUUGCCUAAAAAGUGUGGGAGAAGCCAGCGUUAGGGGUACAUGCCUGUCAUCCCAACGUUCUGGAGGCCAACAGGAAGAUCACGAAUUUGAGGCCAGCCUGGGCUACAGUGAGAUCCUGUCUCAAAGAAAGAAAAGUGCUGAGCAGAAUCCAGUUUGGAAAAUUACAAAUCCAGUUGGUCAGAAAUGGCCAUUUCCUAUGGGCGACCUAUCUGUGACAUGCCAAUUGGACUGCUUCCUACACAGAGCAAGAGAAUUGUUACUGACAUCAUAUGAACACCUUAGUCUGGCCCUCACUGGAACUCUGAACACUGGUAAAUGCUUGUACUUCCUUCCCUUGUGUUCUGUAUAGAGCAUGAUCCAGCUGAAUGCUGCAACACCAAGUUUACUGUUAAGUGGUUCGGUGACCGUCAGAUGUGGGCUUGCUUCUGUCCUCACAGCAUUAAUGGAGCAUCCACCAUUCCCAUGGCAUGGUCCUUUCUGUUAUAGGGCUCCCCUAGCAAAGUUGUUUUUCCCCUUCAAAGGUGGAAUUCCAUAUCAUCCAUACUGCAAAUUAUUGCCACCCACAGCUUUUGUAAGAUCCUGACCCUACCCUGUAGCCCUUUUCUGUCCCUGUCCUCAAUACUAAAACAGCCCCAGCAACACCUUGUAUUUGUAUGAAGGCAAAGUAACUCAUCUCACUGAAAGUUCCAGGCAGGUUGAGAUAGAUGCUAUGUACCCUGCAUAAUCAGGGCCAGUGGAGGAAAGCACAGGAAUUUUCUGCACUCUGUUCUGGGUCUGCUGUGCCCAGACAAGGGGCCACUGACCUGGUGGUGUUCUCAGCCCUUGCAAAUGAAAGUGUCUUAAAAGGUAUUACUUGUGCUAGAAGAGUAUUCUUCCUGCUCUGUCAUCUCUGGACCAGGGAGGGGGUCUCCUGCUACAGCAGGCCCAGCACCACUCUGGGUAGUUCUGGCAACUCAGCCACAUGACCCAAACAUCUUUGCUCCUGACCUCUGGGAUGAGUUAGGGACCCCUUUACAUAUCCUUGGCGCAGGCCCAUCCCACAGGGAGGCUACCCCUUUCUGCAUCCAUCUCCAUGAGCUGCUGACCUGUUGUCAGUGUGUACCUAACAUGGAGAUUCUGCUCUUAGAUCACUGGCUGGUAAAUUUGUGUGUCUUAAGGAGCUCAAAGAUUAGCUGCCACUGUGUGAAUUAAUGGAGCAUAACUCAGUAUAGCUAGACUCUGGUUAUAGGGGAGACAACUGAAUUUAAUUGGCUGUAGAAACAGAAUGAACCCGAAUGAUCUGAUUCCACCUUGGGUCAGCGUAAGGCAAGAGAAGCUGCUAGCUGCUGGCCUUCUCUGGGAAGAGAAAGCAGAUUUGGUUAGUCCUGUCUCAGACAAGGAAAGCCCUCGUGGUUAUGCUCGCCCAGCCAGGGAACAAGACAAAAAAAUGACCCAGUGGGGACCGGUGGUCUCUGAGGAAGGUUCAGAUGUAAGAAAUAUAGGAGACCUCCCACCACUGCCAAGUAAGUACUGUUUCUGUCAAAUGAAGAUCCUUUCAAAGCCCCAUUCCAAAACAUGUCAUCUGCAUGGCUUGGCUCCACUUGGAACUACUUUGACUAUAGUAAUCCUAUUCACUAAGCAGCGUUCUGGGAGGUAUGAAGCGUGCAGGGCAGACAGCCCAGAACUCUAGGCACAAGUGCACCAAGCAAGUGGAAUGGCUCCCUCACCAUGCACUCACUCCUUGUGCUUUCUGCAGCCCAGCUCAUCAGAGGCUCUUUUUGUAUGUGAAAGGCAUAGAAAGCUCAUUAGUAAAGCAAUAUACUGAGUAGACUGAAAACAGAACAUCUCUAGGGUGAGAGUUACAGUAAUUUUUACCUGGCACAAGUCUUCACUGAAAUGAGAACCUUUUCUUACCUUAUCCACCACUUGGGGAUUACAGUAAGUGUCCUUAUCACCUCUUGGAAUGAUAAUCCAAUCAACAGCCUGGUAGGCACCAGUACUAGGGGUGCGGAUACCAUGUGUAACAGCUGGGUGAUGCAGGUCAGGGACUUAAGAGCCUCAGAGCUGCGGGCUUUUCUGGGGCUCCCAUGAACCUCCAUCUUGUUUUCCUUGGCCACAUCCACUUGCCUUUGCCCGCAGUGCAAAUAAAGUCAGCUGCUCUUGAGUUUAUUUUAAAUAGAUAAUCCCUUCACAUGGCUCACAAAUCACAAAAUAACUCAAUCUUCCUUGCACUCCUCCCCACAGGAGCACUCACUGUUUUCCUGUGUAUAUUUCCAGGGCUUAUUUAUGUAUAUUCACAUACAUACAUCUGUGUGUUUUAUGUAAUCUUUCUCCAUUUUACUCACAUAAUGCAGCCAGGUAUAUUUAAUGAACAUUCCUAUUUGUGUGGCUCUUGCCACACAAUUAUUUAAAUACCUAUAUAAGGUAUGUCCAGAAUUAUGGGACAUUUUAACAAUCACAUUCCCUUGGACUAAAGCAUGCCUUGAUUGCAAUGUAUCAGAAUUCUACAAACACGGCAAUCUCUUCCUUAUCCCCAAAUGUCCAGCUGAUCCAAGACCACCACCAGUCCUGAUGUGUGCCAAGGCCCUCCUAGCAGGCUCUUUAGCAAGAUCAACUCCUGUGGGUACCCAGAGAACUGCCCUCCUCUACAUCAGCUGCUCCAUGAGACCAGUGAUGUCCAAUGGGAGUGGACAGCUGCCCCAGGUAUACACCAGUGGUUUUUGAGGUCAUUUGAGCCUCAGCAGCUUGUUGUGUGGCUCAACUGCCCCAUCAACAGUGUAGCUCUGCAGAAGUAUCCACAGCUCUCCCCUAUUUAUGAGCACUUUCAGAAGCAAAUGCUUCCUACAGAAUUUUCCCGUCCUAACUUUCUUUCCAAGUAACAAAACACGAUGCACUAGUAACUUUUUACAGUUUCACUUUUGCCCUCUAAAGAACUGAAAGCUGAAGCCCCUUCUCCAGGCAGUCCUGGGGAACGGCAGGCUCAUGCCUCCCUCUCUCAUGCCACCCAGUGCCUCUGCCCUCACUUGCCUCCCUGCCACCUAGGCAAACCUUGAAACCUCCACAGUUCUGUGAACUCCUCCCUCCAGACUCCUAGGGAAUCUGACACGGGGUGGUGUCUUUCCCUGGAAUUCCCUAAGUAGAUAUAAAGUCAAGUCAUGGUGUAACUCCUCACAUUCACAAUAGCUGGAAAACACCAGGCCACGGCUUUUUAGUAAGAUCAACAAAGGAUGCCAUGUGUCGCGGAGCAUGGUUCCACGAGUAAGGUCAAGAGAAAAGCAAAGCUCGUCCAAUAAACUCAUUUCUCACACUCAACUUUAGAACCCAAAUUUUAAGAUACAAAUUAUUUUAUUCCACUUUCAGACUAAGCAUCAGCAUUCUUGGCUAACAACCCAAUUCCUCACUUCUGCAGCUAUGAGCCAGUGAGGAAAUCCUCGCUACUUCAGAUAUGUAACCCAGAGCAGGGGCCCAAGUGUCAAGAGAGCUGACUCCAAUGAAGCUCCUUGGCCCAUUGCCACCAUCACAGGUCUGGGUUUCAGGCCUGCUGCGUGCUCUCCCUCCAUCCACACCCCUCCGUCCCAGGCCCUGCGAGUGCUGGAGGGGCAGGGUGGCCAGUGCCCUCUGCCAACAGUCUGGUCUUCCAAUAGUCCCCCUGGUAACUGGGUCCCUGGACCUCCUGGUCAUGGCUGAAAGGAGGGGAGGCAGGGGCACAUGCAGUUUAGCCCUUUGGGGCUUAUUCAUUAGAUAUUGCAUAACGCCUCAAAAAAAGGUUUAUGAAAUGCUGAGCCUCAGGUUUCAUAGACAUGUUUGUACACUAAGAAUUCUGCAGCAGAAUAUUUUUAAACAUUCACAGUUUUUGUAAGCUAUAUUUUUGUAUAUUUAAUUGCUAUUUUAAGAUUUUAAUGCAUUUUUGCUAAUCACUUGUUUAAAAAUAAAACAUGCAUGUAAUUGACUGGAACACAUGUAAAUAAAGAUUUUGAAAAUA